UUUUUUUUUAUGUUAUAGGGGGCAUACGAGCAGACGGCUCACCUGAUGGUAAGUGAUCACCGUCGCCCAUGGACACUUGCAACACCAGGAGUAUCACAAAUGCGAUGCCGGCCUUUAAGGAAGGAGUACGCUCUUUUUUUGAAGGUUCUUGGGUCGUAUUGGUCCUGAAACACUGCUGGCGACAACAUAUUCCACAGUUUUGUCGUACGUGGUAAAAAAUUUCGACAAAAACGCACGGUUGUGGAUAGCCACGCAUCAAGAUGAUGGGGAUGAAAUUUUUGUCGCGAUGUACGAUGGCGAAAUGCAGCAGCUGGAAUUAAUCCGAACAAUUCCUCAGAACACUCCCCGUGAUAAAUGCGAUAGAAGAUGCAGAGCGAAGCUACAUCCCUACGCAAAGCCAAAGGAUCAAGCUGAUCGGAAAGGUCCUGGUCGUCGACAAUUCGAGCCGCUCGGCGCUGGAUGCGAUCCAAAGGGAGAAGCUGGUACUGGGGUGCCCCCGCCCAAAGAUGAGAGCAGUACUCCAUGUGAGGCCGAACCUGUGCCUUAUAAAGCUGCAGUCGGUGGGCCGGUGUGAAGUACAUUCUCGAUCUAUUGAGUACACCAAGCUUCUUAGAGGCCAAUUUGACCUUGCCCUCUAAAUGAUCCCGAAACUGGACGUCGCUCGAUAUGUCAACGCCAAGAAUUCCAAUACUAGCUGAGGCAGUUAGAGGAGUGUUCUCAAAAAGAGGAGAUACGACAAAUGGUAUUUUUUUUGCGGUGAACGCGCAUACUUGUGUCUUCGUAGGGUUAAAUUGGACUAGAUUAAGUCGGCCCCAAUUCGUUAAUCGGUUUAAUAAAGUUUCGACUUCAGACACAAGUUUGUUCCGGCACUCGAUGACGUUUUCCCGUGAAAUGUUGGCGCGGCCGGUAUAUAGGGCAUCAUCCGUGCUGUCGUCUGCAUAGCAAUGAAUGCCAUCAAUUUGAAGCAUAUAAAUGAUAUGAAGAAGAAACAGCGUAGGCGAUAGCACACAGCCUUGUGGAACACCAGCGUUUACGGAUUUGGAGUCCGAGCAUGCACCGUCGACUGCGACCUUGAUGCUCCUGUCCGCAAGAAAGCUAGUGAUCUAAACGCACCGCUUUUUAGGAAGCCCAUAAGAAGGAAGCUUCGAAAGAAGCGCUUUGUGCCAAACCCGAUCGAAGGCCUUCGCGAUAUCCAGACCGACCGCCGAUGCUUCCCCCUUGGUCUCGAUCGCCUUUGCCCAACGAUGAGUCAGGUAUACUAGUAGAUCACCAGCCGAGCGACUCUGACGGAACCCGUACUGGUGGUCACUGAUCAGCUGGUGGUCCUCUAGGUACCGCAGGAGCUGGCAAUUUAUAAUGGACUCCAUUAUCUUGGAGAACAAGGAGGUGAUGGCUAUAGAGUUAGCGGUCGCCUUUUUUAGGAAUCGGGUGCACUAAAGCUGUCUUCCAUGAAUUCGGAACGACACCUAAAGAGUAGGAGAGCCGGAAAAGAUGCGUUAGUACCGGAGCCAACUCAGGAGCACACGUCUUCAGCACAAUUGGUGAGAUUCCAUCAGGCCCGCUCGACUUGUGGAUGACAAGGGAAAAGAGUGCUUUACGCACUAAGCUUUGUGUGAACCGGAUCUCCGGAAUAGAGCUCUCACACCGCAGCAUGGUCGGCGGUAUGUAUCCCCUGUCAUUUAGAGUCGAGUUAGACGCAAAGAAUGAGCAUAAAAGAUCCGCUUUCUCUUUUGCAGUAUGGGCCAUCGAUUCGUCGCCAUUGUGCAGGGGUGGAAGGGAUGGCCUACAGAAAUUUCCUUCAACAGCCUUGGCAAGAGACCAAAACGCGCGUGUUCCAGAGGGAAGUUUUAUUAAUCUCUCGCCAAUUCUGCUAAUGUGCUCCGACUUCGCUCUGGCAAUUACUCUUUUGCAGGACCUGGAGGCCAAGUUAUACGUCUUUUUGAGAUCGCUAGUGUUGUUAUCCCCGACCGCCGCUGCGUUUGCCCAGGCCUGAUAACACAUCUGUUUUUGGCGAGAUGCCAGUUUACAGUUGUGACCAAACCAAUGCUGGGAUUUGCCACCAAUGGGAACCACAGAGGAAGGAACAAAAAGUUCCAUACCCUGAAGGACAACAUCAGCGACAGAAUCGGCAGCGACGUUGGGAUCAUUCUGCGAGAAGCAAACUGGCCCCAAGGGUAGGAUGAAAAGAAAGUGCGCAUCCCAUCCCAGUCUGCUGACUUAUAGUGCCACACACGACGACAGCCAGCAAAUUGCGGCCGCGGUGAGUGGCACCAUACUCCGGAUUAGACAAUGAUCCGAGGAGCCAAGAGGGGCAUCUAUGGACAUUUUGUAAUUAUCCGGGUGUGAAGUCAGCAGAAGGUCAAACAGUGAAGGUGUAUGGUCUUCGACAUCUGGGAUUCGCGUAGGCGAGGUGACCAGUUGUGUCAGACCAUAGGCCAAGGCGAAGUCGUGAGCAGAUCUGCCUGCAUGAUCGGUAGUGGGCGAUCCAAGCCAUUCGGAGUGGUGGGCAUUGAAAUAGUCAAGGAUCACAAUUUCAGAUGAUGGGAUCUGCUGAACCACGGAGUCUGUAGCCACCUGGACGUGAUCAUAGAGUCGGUCAAUUUCGAUAUUUCCGCUAUGGGACCUGUAGAGGCAGGCGUAGACGCGGGGAUGGUCAUCGACGUCUACACGCAACCAUAAGAUGGAGAGGUCCCUACCUUCAAAGUUGCUGAAGCGACGGAAACUGAUACCCUCUUUAACGUACACACAUACCCCAGCCCGUGGUACAAAGGAAUGCCUCAAACACAGCACAAAGUACUGCUUCACGCCGGUAUUCUGUGAGGUCGUGGUAUUCCUCCGGUCGAGCCGGCCCAUUCAUGCAGUAGCCUAAGCUACUGCGUGGCUUUACCACGAUAAUGAAUCAAAUCAAAAAUAUCAAAAUUAAAACGUUAACAAACCAUGUUUUUGGUAAGUAUUAAUUAACUUAGAGUUACUCAACACAGGCAAUGAGCAUAUUUUCGUUGGAAGACGAUGAAAGACUGUCAUAGACCUAACCCUCGCGGCACCAAAAGCAGUAACAGCUAUAUCUGGCUGGCAUGUCUCCGAUGAGGCAUCAUGCUCAGAUCAGCACUCGAUCCGCUUCACAGUCGUUUGUUCUCUCAUUUAAUUUUUCACUGUAUUUUAGAGUCCAAUGUUAUGCCUCAAAUUGUACCGUUAUCAACAAUUUCAAUCUGUUGGUUGUUCUAGGAAAUGUUCAAGGGAGAUAAGGUUCUUUUGCUUGUAAUAACAAGGGCUUUUGACCUUUCUGGUAACGGAGAAGACCAUGUUCAGUGAGCCAAUCAUCAAGAAGAGGCAUCUUUGAAGUCCUUGGUGGAAAUUGCUAUAUCAUCAGCAUAUUGUAGUAUUCUGCAGAAGCUAUUAACUGAUGUGUCCAGAUUAUAUGUGUACAGUUUGUAUGACAGUGGACUUAAAACGGAACCUUAAGGAAGGCCCUUCCAGACAGAUCUUGCUGUUUGUAGGACUACAUUCACCCUAACCGUUACAAUUCUAAACAUAUGCAAGCUACUUAUAAUGUUAAUCAACCUCGCUGGAAGACUUAGAUAUUGCAGUUUUAGCCUGAGGGUAAAAAGUAGCAUUCCUCAACUACCUUACAACCACCACCACUGCUACUUAUUUUGUUAUUUUUAGCCGCCGGAGGUUUUCAAAUGCCUCGCGCUCUUUUUUUUCUUUUGCAUUGGUAAUAACAAUAUUAAAAAAAAAAUGGGUGCGUGUACUUAUGUAGGCGCGUGAGAAGUUAUCCUUCUUUGGCAUCGUUUAAAAUUAGUUUUUAAUUGCAUGCAAAUAAUUAAUUACAAUAAAUUAAUAAAAAGUCUGGAAAAGGACACAGUCAAUAAAGUUCAGUUUUAAUUUGAAAAAAUAAAUAAAUAAUCAAAAUAUUCAAUUAAAAUCGCUACUGAAUAUAAUUUAUUAGAACAUAUGUGAUUUGCACUUGUAUGAAACUCAAACACGUAUUCCGAAUAUACAAACUAGAAACAUGUGGAUAAAUAUUAUAAAUAUGAAUACCUUUAUCUGUUACUUUAUUACAAAAAAUAAAAAUGUGGUGUCUACUACACCAAUGGUCAAGAGAUGGCGCUGUAGUCUCCUGAAUCGCGCUUUGGUUCCGUUGUUCCAGAUUAAUAAAUACUUUUUGUUACUUUAUUACAAAAUAUAAAGAUGUGGUUUUUGGUUCUACUACACCAAUGGUCAAGAGAUGGCGCUAUAGUCUCCUGAAUCGCGCUUUGGUUCCGUUGUUCCAGAUUAAUAAAUACUUUUGAUAGGCCUUCACAACGCAGUCGUUAGCACCCACUAAUAAAUAGAGAUUCUAUUUCUAUUUUGUUGGUAGAUUUUCAUAAUGUGCGGUAAACACAAAAGUAACGCAUGAAGUUGGUCGCUAAAGCGACCAACUUCAUGCUGUUAAAAUUUUGUGUUACAGUGAUGCGCGCGCAUCUUAAAAUUUCACUCUCAUCAUUUUUUCAUAACGCGCCUAAAGAAGUAUAACUUCAAAAAAUGAGCGUGAGGUAUUUGAAAACCUUCCGCGGUCAGAAAUAACAAAAUAAAAUCGAAAGCGUUGGCGUUUACAGAAGCAUUUCCGUUAAGCGAAUGGCCCCCUGGAUUGUGAAUAGCUUAGUACAGACAGCCACAGUUCAAGUGCAAGAAAUAAAGUGAUGAGAGAGAGAGAAGAAAGAAAGUGAAGUGAUUCUGUUUAGAGAAUCACGCCAGAAUCGACACCAGUGUCAAGUAUUUAGGUACUACUGUCAAAUGUCUUCAACUGCUCUAUUUGUAUGACGUGAUGCUGGCGAAAUCCACAAAAGUGCACCGCCACUUUCUAAAAAGAAGAAGAAGAAGAAGUAUGACGUGAUUAUUCAUAAUCUAUUGAGAACAUUUGACAGUUUAUGCUAACUUCAUAAUUCCAAAAUGAAUAUUGUUGACGAUAACAUCUCUUACGUCAUACCGCUGGAUGAAAUCGACUUAAACUAUUAUUAUGGCAAAGAUUAUUUUUCUAAUGAUCCAAUGCCUCUUUGGAACACAAAUAGUAGCAUCUAUUAUGAAUUGAAAAUUUUUGCUCAAAGGAAAAGCCAAUUAAACCAAACCAGAAUUAAUGGAACAGAUGAAUCUUUUACCGAAAACCCCAAAUACCAAUGUCAUAUUUGUAACUCAAGUGUUCCAAUUGUUUACAAGAAACAGCAUAUAAAUAGUCAAAAGCACAAAACAUUUUUAAAGAUCAUAGAAACAGUUAUGGUUCGUGCAAGACAUUGUUUGGUACAAACUCAAGAUGAUAAUCAUCAAUUGAAACCUAUGCAACAUUCAUAUUACUGUGAACCGUGCUCUACCGAAGUUAAAAUAAUAAACAGAGAAGAUCAUGAUAUGUCCAAAGACCAUUUUAAAUCACUGAUGCAUGUUAAGUUUUUGAACGAUUUGCUUAAAAUAUACAUUGACAAAGAACACUUAGAAAAAGUAGACUUUGAAUACAUGACUGAUGAUCCCGCCAACUAUGCCCAAAAUGGAAAUUGCAAACAACACGAGUGUGAUGCUGAUGACUUGAAUGAAAAUGACGAGAUCAACAAAUUUCUUGAUUUGAUGCAAAAUCUAGACGACAAUGACGACGCACAAAAUCUUUGCAAUGAAAGUGAAAAUGAAACAACAAGUCCCUCAUCGUUAACGGAUAUUGAAGUUAUUGCAGGUAAAGAAACAACAGACACUAAAACGACUACAAGUAAUGGAACCCAAUUAAAAGUCACAAAUUUGAAGGAAUACAUAGAUAUGCUAUUGAGCAAUGAAAACGCACAGAUAUCAAAUAAGAUAACGGUCAUUGGAGACCGUUUGAACAUAGAGGCAGUCGAUAAAAGUAUCGUGACAGUUUCCGAAGACAAUUUCCAUAGCUUUAUGAGAGACGCUGAUGGAAAGGUAACCUUUUGCAAAGUGUGCGAUGUCUCAAUUAAAGAUAAGAAUUCUCACGUCUUAACGCCGGAACACAUGAGGAGGGUUAUGGCCCCAAUACAAGACAUGCAUGGAAUAAGACAGGUAAGAUCGGACAGUGAGUCAUCGAGUGAGCUGCCAUUGCCGCGGUUGACUUUGAAGAGAGUUACACCGAACAAACUGGCAGAAGAAAAAAUUGAUCAGGUUCUGGAAGAGAUUAAGAGGGAGGAUGGGGACGAAUGGGUGACGGUUGAUACUGCUUCUGGAGAAAGGAGCACAUUAGUGCCCUUCAAGAAGCGGCGUUACGUUGAAGCACUUGCUGAUGACAAUUCUGAAACAACCAUCUGUACAGUAGAAGAGAAACAAGUUUUGAAGCAGAGCAUCACCAUUGAGAAAGCGCACAAGCCCAAAGCCAUGUCUUCCGAUGAGUCUGACGGUGAAGAGAAACGUCAAGAUGAGAAAAAACAGCAACACAUGCAGCAGCAACCAGAAGCAGAGUUGCCCCAACUAACCAACGAACCAUCAUCGAGCUCCAUGAUGCAUGCUCCAUGCCAAGAUGAAGCUCGUGCUGGAACAUCUGCCUCGGAGUGUGGGUCAUCACAAAAACAACAUUCCCUCCAGGAAUUCUGGCUCGGAGAAUUGAGAAAAAACUUCAAUGAAUUGGAAUACAGCAAGGUACUGCGAGAUGCCGAGUUUACAGAAGAACAAAGUGAGAUACUACAACAGUCAUUCGCGCAAUUGUCUCGGAAGAUGUCGUACAUCAAAGCACACAGCGAGCGCUUCCUGAAAACGCACAAGUGCAGACGCUGCGAGUUCUCGAUAUCACAUCAAUGCAUGCCCCUCGAUUUCAUGCGAUCUGUUCCAUUCGGCACUGAGCUUAUGGCUGAAACACUCAUAGUACCACAUCAGACAGUCGUAUGCGACUGUGGUUUCGCCUUCUCUCACACCCAUCUUAAAAGAACUCGACGCCCGGUGAAGCAGAGCUACGCGGAGAGGUACACGCCACACUUGCAACUAUACAUGCGUUCUGUCAAUGUCAGUUGCCCCAAAUGCUAUACCAAAAUCGUUAUGAACAGUCUAGAUGACAAUGUCUGCUGUGAACUGGCCACCUGGGACUGUAUUGCUGGUAAUGAACGUGAAAUGUUUUACACCGGUAUUAAAAGAUGUUUGGCCUAUUCAGGAACAGACGCGCCACCAUUAGAUGAGUUCUUUGCUUGCAGUAAGGGUUGUUGUCUCAUAUAUCAUCAUUGCUCUGAAGGAUGAGGUUCCCGGCACCAGCGACUCAUCACCCGGUUGACUAUGUUCAUAGACACCAUUCCACAGACCUUUGUCGGUGUAAUGAAUAAAUAAAAACACUAUCAUCCAAUCCACCGCUGAACUGAGAGUACGAACUGAGAGAACUGGAGCACUGGAACGGACUCUUGAAAUAUAGCAACUCACUGUGCAGCAUUCAAAAUCAUUUUUCUAGGAACUAUACAUUAUCAUUACUCAGAGCAGAUGUUGUUCGGAGAAACCAUUUUCCUCCUUUAUGAGAACAAUGUUAACCGCAAUAGGUAGCACCUAGCUCAUUAGGUUUGUUUUCCUUAUCACGCGCCAACAUGGGGCUUCGAGUUGUGAAGAAUGAUCGAGCGGAUUCUUUGCGGAAUUUGCAGCAUUUUGGUGUUGGAGAAGUUCAAGGAACAUGCGCAACAUUUUUUUUGUAAUAUGAAACUGAAAAUAAAAAUCUAUAAUAAUGAUUUAUAAUAAUUAUAAAAGUGUUUUUUAUUUUUCUUCUUCUCACAUGAAAGUUGUGAGUGUGUGCAGUUUUGCACCGGCUACUUAUAAGUUGUAGAUUUGUAGUACGAACCACCAGCGAUAGGCUCGCGGUCGGUAGGUAGCUUCGGCCAUUGUACAAGUUAGGCAGCGUUCGGUCAGUACUUGGUUGGGGUACCGCUUAGCCAUGUACCAGCUUACAGUGUGGGUAGAAGCACGACAGCUGCAGCGUAUAGCAUACUAAAUUAUCGAUAACGACCGAGUCAAUACUAUGAAUAGCGUGCCAAUGUGGCUCAUUGAUUUGCCAAGCUUCUCGGAUAAAGGCGAAUGCACAUCCGUUCCCAGAACUCGCAGUCUCCAUGCGACGUGUGCGAGCCGCACCGUCCAUGAAGAACGCGACGUCUAUUCCCUUCAAACUCUCGUUAAUCUCGAGCCGUGAACUGCUCAAGAGCUUCAAAUUGACAUUCGGUCAAUCAUCUAAUGAAUGUUUGCAAACUUCUUCCCAACAUGAUUGGAGACACGUUGCUUCCAAAUGCAUCCGCAACGCUUCGGACGCAGAGGCUUUGCCUAGAAGUCCGCACGAUAAAUGACGUUACUAUAUUCCUCGUGGCCUAUCGAACAUCUCUCCACAUCAUGACGUGUCAGGUUGCUUGCACAAGUGUUCACCGUUCAUGAAGAACAGAAAGUUGCAUCAUUGGUUCAACGGUGCACGGCGAUCGUCACGUUCGACGAUCAAAACACGUCUUGCACGUAAUGGCUGAACGUGUCGUUCGAGAACAUUCUAUGUUGGCGAAACCGAAAAGGCGGAUGUUAUCGUUGUGCCAAAGUCAAGAAGCUAUCAAUUUGAACUUAACCAAACGGGGCAUCUGUUAUUCUGGACAACUAUUGCGCAACUGCAUGAACAACAGCCGCGUGAACGUGAUCCCCGUACCUGUUGAUAAGGGAAACGGAUUUUUCACGCCGAUAUAGCUUCAGUUACAACGAGUCGUCGGGAUAUAUAAAGAGCUGGAACACAAAACUAGUUUUUAUCCACUCGUUGACUGAGCGAGUCAACGAGUGGACAACGGCAGGCAAUUCGUGUCGCAGUCACUGCUGCCGUGCGCUAGAAAACUUAUGAUCUCAACGACCUCUAUUUGGAUCAAAGUGUUUUUGUGAAUACUUGCUUCGUGCGAUACGGACAGCGAAGUAGAUUCGUUCAACCAGAGCUUACCGUAUGGCCCACUAGUUCGAUAAACUGCAAACGAUGAAAGAAUUUCCAAGCUUUGCAUCUGGAACAUGAAAAAUAUUAGCACAUCCGUUGAGAAAUCUACUGCAAUUGGCAAUUCGAAUCUCAACCUAAUACCCGCACGGUCCAUUUUCCGGCGUGGUAUAACAUUCGUUCGCAAUAUGAAUAAUUGAAUAAUAAAAUAUUUUCGUAUCAUGUCUGUCAGAUUAUCAUUGUUAAGCAAAUAGAUGAUUUACAAUUCAUCCUGCGCUCCCGUACGGGGGCCAUGAGAGUUAACGCUUCGAAUUUGGUACAUCUUUAACGACGUUUAAACGCUGUACUCGACGCAUUGUCUUAGCUCGGCAGUCCAUAAUAGGAAUGCUGGCGACUCAUCGUGAAAACCAGGGUAAAAGUUUAUACCUUUAGUAUACAGGUAAAACAUAUCUAUUAAGCACAUACGGCAUUGUGUGCGUGAUAAGAGCGAUAAGUGUUGGUAGCGCCCGCUAGUUAUACUGCGCUGUUGUCCAGCGUUGUGCUUACAUUAUGCAAAAGUGCCGCGGUUGUCUAUGGCGGCCUACCAAACGCGCGUGACCGCUUGCAUGUCAACGAAGUUCUGCAUUCCUAGUUAUUACCAUGUUACACUAAUGAACCAUGAAAUAUAAAUAAGAGGAUGACGGCUAUGGUGUGAUGGCUUAGCUGGGUGUGCUCUGUGGCAAUUAGGAAAUGCAACUUGCAUCAACAUUGCAGAAACUGGUGCUUCUACCCUCCCCACACAACUUCCCCUCAUUUUGUACAAAAGACGAACAGACAUUACAGCAAACAGUAUACAGUAGGGGGCACAAGAGCGUACGGGGCGAGAAUCAAAAACGGUGUACGAGGGGAAGGGGAGGGUGAUACUAUUGUAUGCAGUGGAGAAACGACUUUAAUGCAUAGUAGACUCGGGAGAAGUAUGACUGUUGGAGGAGUUCUAGGUUUUGCUAUGUGACAGUGAGUCUUCGAUUCAAGCUCCUAACCUGAAGUCCCCGCAAAUGCAGGCGUAAAAACUCUUCACUGUUAACCUGUAAGUUACACCUUGGUUCGUAGGGAGCAAUAUCCAUAUCAGCAUAUUGCUACAACAUUAGAGCAACCAACCGUGACGGCGAUAACGCCGUUAUCGCUAAAGUUAAACGAUAUUGAAUUCAGUUUCUCUUGCUUCAAUUGAAUAGGUUAUCGGGGUUAAUUAAUCGAUAUUAUCCGGUCAGUUGAAUUUAUUAAAUUAAUUAUAGUUCGGGAAAAUAAAACAAUAUACCAUUGUCCG